GCUACCGAUGCCAUUGGUCAACGCCAAAACAUGAUUAUCAUUGUAUUUUCUUGGAGAAUUCUUGGAAGGUUCCUUUGUUUCCAACACAUACAAGUACUUACGUACAGCCAUUAUCUUCAAAGAUAAUAUUUUGUACUCUUUUCACUGUCACUAUAAAACCAAGUCAGAUUCACCUCUCAGCAUUUUUCUCUGCUUUUCUGCUGAGGUAAAACAGCAGAAACAACAUAAUGGGGAAUUGUUGGAGUCAUCAAUCAGGUUCUCCAGGCGAUCACCGCAACUCCAAUACUGCCCCCAACCCCAACAAUCAAUCAGGGAGUAUUCAGUUUUCUGCUGGUCUCAGCAACACAAGAUUAAUACAGAAUGGCAAUUCUACUUCUCUUGGGCGUAGCAGCCACUCUGGAGGAAUCAGCAGGUUCUUUGGGCCAAGUAGUAGUAAUAACUACUCAACAGGAAAUAAUACUAGCACAUCCCUUUGGGGCUCUGAGACUAGCCAAGCCUCUCGAGUGAGAGAUGAAGAGGAGUUUCCUCAUGGGCAGAUCUUGGAUGUUGCAGACUUGAGAGCAUUUACACUGGCCGAAUUGAAGGCAGCCACCAAAAAUUUCAGAGCUGAGACUGUGCUAGGAAAGGGGGGCUUUGGUACAGUAUUCAAGGGCUUGAUUGAGGAUAGAGCAGCAAAGAAAAGAGGAGAGGGGUUGACUAUUGCCAUCAAGAAAUUGAAUUCUGGAAGCAGCCAAGGAAUUGCAGAAUGGCAGUCAGAGGUGAAUUUCUUAGGAAGGCUUUCUCACCCCAAUCUUGUUAAGUUGUUGGGAUUUGGGCGAGAGAAUAGUGAACUUUUCCUGGUGUAUGAAUUUAUGCAUCGUGGCAGCUUGGAUAACCACCUAUUUGGAAGAGGAGCAAAUGUUCGGCCACUUUCUUGGGACACAAGGCUAAAGGUUAUGAUUGGAGCAGCAAGGGGACUGAAUUUCCUACACUCCUUGGAGGAAAAAAUUAUAUAUAGAGAUUUUAAACCCUCAAAUAUAUUACUUGACACGACAUAUACGGCUAAGUUAUCAGACUUUGGCUUAGCCAGAUCUGUCAAUUCUCCUGAUCAAACUCACGUUACGACACAGGUUGUGGGAACGCAUGGCUAUGCUGCUCCCGAGUACAUUUUUACUGGUCAUUUGUACGUAAAAAGUGACGUGUAUGGAUUUGGAAUUGUUUUGUUGGAGGUGCUGACUGGCAAGAGGAUCAGUGGUAUAAUGUUCCUGUGUGAGCAAACGUCCUUGAGUGAUUGGCUCAAAUCAAAUCUUCUAAAUAGAGGGAAAAUAAGAAGCACUAUGGAUGCAAAGUUGGAAGGUAAGUAUCCAUCCAACUUAGCUUUACAGUUAGCUCAACUUGCUCUUAAAUGCAUCCAAGCAGAGCCCAAAGUCAGGCCAUCAAUGAAAGAAGUUGUUGAAACAUUGGAACAUAUUGAAGCAGCUAAUGAGAAACCAGCUGAUAACACUCAUAACAGAAAACGGGUUAAUCUUUCCCGGGUAGUUCAACAACAUGGCCGGCCAGAAGGUGGUUAAUUGAAUUGAUCACUUCAACACCAUAUUCCUUUGAAUAGCUUAUUGCUGAAGGUGCCUCUUCUCCAGUGGCCUAGUGGAGUUGAGCUUGUAUAGUAUAACAUACACAUAUGGGAAAAAGGAUCAGGGAAUGCAUUUGACUUUGGAGUAAAGGCCUGAGGGUAUCUGCCUAAGAGUGAGCCUGUGACUUUUAGCAUCAUGUGCACCCGUAAACUAUGAGAAAGAGACUUCAAACUAGGCCGUCCCCUGGUAUUGAUAAGCAACCAGUUGCUCCUUGGUCAUCUCUACUUUUCCAUUAAAAACUACCACUUAAUUGUUCUUGGGAGUUUGUACUGUAUCAAUCUAUGAAUGUUGAAUAGUUGUUCUUCAUCUAACUAUUUCAAUUUCUUACAUGGUUUAGAUGUGUAUAAAGUUGAAUAAAAAUAAUGUGUCCAAUUUAUACUCAA